AUGACACUCUCACAACCAGAUGACAUCAACCCCACCUUCGAGUGGAAGCCCGAAUACCUGACCCAGCUCCAACAUAUCGCCGACACGGACGAGUUCCAAUCCUACGAUGGCACCCCACAUCUCGGUUCCUCUUCGGCAGCAUCUGGGUCUUCUCCUCCUCCACAGCAACACUCGUUGGGAGCAUACGACUGGCAGACGUUGAAGGAAGCCAUCAAGUAUAGGAUCAAGAUAUGCUUGAAGGAAGACUUUGGAGAGGCGAGGGAGUUGGAUUUGCACCCGGCUACCGUGUUGAUGCCGUGGGUGCAGCCCGGUUCGGAUCUGGAGGUGACCUGGCAUAGAGCGAACAUGGGGAUGCUGUGCACCGAGGCGGAGACGGAUGAGGUUGAGAAGGUGGAGGCCGCAGAAGGGGAUGAGGCCAUGGCAAAUGAGGUGGAUGUCGACGCAGCCAACGCUUCAACAUCAACAUCAGCAGAGGGAGAGGCGAACACCGCUUCCACCGAGGCAUCCGAAACAGAGGCUGAUCAUGCGCAGGCCAACGGGACAACCGAAGCAAGUGCAAGCGCCACCGCAGCCUCAGCCCCAGUAGCAGAAGCAGACGACGCCGCCUCCCCUACCUCCUCGGACGAAGCAGCGACAACAACACAAUACAGCUACCGCGCCCGCUUUCACGACCCGCCCGAACGCGCCGGCCGCACCUUUGUCCACCCGCCCUUCGUCCACCGUGCAGACGUGCAGAACUUCUACCCAUCCAAACGGCCCCCCGUCGCCACCAGCACCACCCCGCUUUCACCCUCCGAACUCGCGACGCACACCACAACACUCUACAGCAUGCUGGAAGACUUUGACGUGCAGCCGCCGUUCACAAUUCAGCGGCUGUGCGAGCUGGUCGUCGCACCGACGGUACACUACAAUAGUGCACGCAAGUGGAUCGCGGCGCUGAAGCGGUGUUUGAGCGUGACGGCGACGCGCGAUGCAUUUCCGAUCAGCCCCGUGCAGGCACCCGUUGGCGUGGUGGUGGGCGUCAAUGGGCAUGGUGGCGACGACGACGGCGUGGCAGCGUCAGACGUGUCGGACAUUGAGAUGGACAGGAUGGACGGCCUGCCGCCGAGUACGACGCGCUCGAGGAGUUCAAGUGUGGGGAGCAAUGCAAGCGUUAGUGCAGAACCGCUGUUUUCGCCCAUCCCGUUCAUCGUGCGCGACGAGAACGGGCUUUUGACCGGCACCGGACAGCAGCAGCCGCAGCAGCGGGGAGAGGAGGAAGGAGAGCAGACGGCGGCGAUGGACCCCAUUCCGGAUCUGGAGCUCGGCGGUGCGGAUAGGACGCAUAGCAUGAAUGUGCUGCCGAAGGAGGUCGUGGACGUCGCACCCACCGCUGCCACGAACGCCGCUUUCGAGGGCAAGGACGGAGGUGCGCAAGAUGGCGAAGCGAUGCAAGAAGACGCUCCGACAGUUCAGACGACCGCUGCCCCUGCGACCGUCGCUGCCGCUGUCGACGCCUCCACCUCCACCGCCUCUUCUUCUUCUCCCGCCGCCGCUGCCGCGACUACACCUGCGACCAGCGAGCCCCUCGGCCUCCUGCCCGACGGCGCUGUAGACGAACUCGACAACCCGUCUCACACAGUCCACCCUCUCACCUCCACCACCUCGACCCCUUCCACCGGCACGGGCGAGUCGGCUCAGACCGCAGCAGCGACGGCGGCGGCGGGGGCGGCGCAAGCGGGCAAUCACACAGAGACGCAGGGCAAGGAGGAGGCAGACGCGCACGAGGAUGCCGAGCCAGAAGACGCCCACCGCUCGAGCAAGCGCAGGAAGAGCGUGGCUUCGCUGCACGACGAGUAA